AUGGUCCACUACAAGCUGCACUACUUCGAUCUCUACGGCCGCGCCGAGCCGGCCAGGAUGAUGUUCCACAUGGCUGGGCAAGAGUUUGAGGAUCGUCGAUAUUCUUUUGAGGAUUGGCCGGCUAUCAAGAAAGCGGAGACGCCCUCUACCUUCCUUUUCGGCCAGGGCCCCGUCUUGGAGGUGGACGGCAAGAAAAUUGCUCAAUCCGGAGCGAUCUCUCGCUUUGUGGGAAAUACUUUUGGGUUUGCCGGAAAGGACUUCCUCGAACUCGCCCAAAUCGAUAUGUUCGUUGACCGGCUUGCGGACUUCUUCCAACAAAUCGCUGAGUGGUACAUCGUGCGCGUCGGCUACAAGGAGGGCGAUGUGGAGGAGCUCCGCAAGACCCUUCUCGACGAGCACAAGAAGGGCUUCCUGGGCGACUUGGAGCGUCAGCUGAAGGCUAAUGGCACUGGAUUUUUGGUUGGCGACAAGGUCUCGUUCGGUGAUCUGGUCCUGCUCAACAACUUCGACGUGUUCACCCGUCUCAGCCCCACCUACCUUGAUGGAUAUGAUGAGGUGAAAUCCUACGAGAAGCGUCUCCGCGAGCUGCCGAAGCUGAAGGAAUACCUUGAGUCCCGCCCGCCAAGCCUCCAA